UGGGGCCCGGAGCCCGCGGCAAGGGCCCAAGCAGGUAGAGGGGUGGGGGGUCUCUGGAGACCAGGCGACGCCCUACCCCAGCCCCCAGAGACUCACUCUUCCAUCCUCGCAGAGGCUCCGGCUGCUUUGUUGUUGCCUCCCCACUUUUAGAGAGGCGAUCUGGGGGCUUACAGGGAUGGCAUUUGGAUGGUCUGUGGCUCCCCAGCCGGGGUUGCUUUGCGCAGAGGCAAGUGACACAGGCGACCGCAAGCAGAUCUACAACAUCCUGAGCACCCUGGGGCUGCGCGCCUCGGCCACCGACUGCGACAUCGUGCGCAGGGCCUGCGAGAGCGUUUCCACGCGGGCUGCGCAGAUGUGUUCGGCGGGGCUGGCGGGCGUCAUCAACCGCAUGCGCGAGAGCCGCAGCGAGGACGUCAUGCGCAUCACCGUGGGCGUGGAUGGUUCCGUGUACAAGCUGCACCCCAGCUUCAAGGACCGCUUCCAUGCCAGUGUGCGGAGGCUCACGCCCAGCUGUGAGAUCACCUUCAUCCAGUCUGAGGAGGGCAGCGGCCGGGGGGCAGCCCUCAUCUCUGCCGUGGCCUGUAAGAAGGCCUGCAUGCUAGGCCAGUGAAAUCAGAGGUCCCAGGAGGCUGUCGGCCCUGCUGCAGACCUACAUCACAGGUACCCCAGGUGCUCCCAGCCUGCACUUGGGCAAGACUCCCCACCUUGCAAGGACCCUGGAAGCCUCCCAUACCCACUGCCACCCACCGAAAGAUGGGAAGGCGCCACUGAGGAGUCAGGCAAGCCUCUUCCAUGAGUCCACUGAAUUGAAAGCUCAUGGGGGAGGGUGUUGGGAUGAGCAGGAAUACAGACAUCCCCACCCUGUCCCUGGAGCCCCUCACCUUGCUUGAACCCCACAACCUACACCAGAGUCACUCACUCAGGACUGCUGCUUUUUUUCCCCUCCCUCCUGGAGGCUGUCAGUCCACCUUGACCCCUGCUAAGAAAAGAAGCUGCUGCUCUGGGCACUGCUAAGGUCUGGCCUCCCUGGGAACUCAGCCUCCAUAGGGAGGCAGACUAUGGCUAGGGGCUCCUCAUCACUGUAGUUCUCAUGUGUGGUUCAAGAGGCCCAAGAAAGCAAUGAUAAGGGAGGCCUCGCUGGACUGUGGAAGCUCCCAGGCCAUGAUACCGACAAGAGGCUUAGAAUCAUUGGCCCGCCUCUUCCCCUGUUCCCAUCCCUGAGAGGCUUGGCCUCAUUUACUGUCCUGAAACGGACCCUCACUGAAAGUGCCUAAAACCCAUGCCUGAGGGAGGAUGCCAGCUCCCUAGGUGUGGUAUCAACAUAAGGGGAGGAAUCAUCUACCAACUCACCCAUCCAUAGGCCUGGGAGCAGCUUUGGAAUGGAAUCCUUACAUCCUAAACUAAAGCCUUGGCCCACUCAGCUUCCCCAAGGGGAAGCUAGACUCUCUUCUCACUAGACCUCUCAUGUGCCACAUCGCCCUCUCUGUGUCCAACCUGUGACUUUGCGUGUGUUGUUGUUAUUGGGGGGGUUUUUAAUUAAAAUUUUUAAAAUUUCAAA